UUUUUAACUGAGACAGUUGACAUCACUGUCUGAUAUCAAGAAAUUAGAUCAUUAAAAAUCUUAUUUUUUUUUUUACAUACUCAGUUGUAAAAUUCAAAGAAUUCUUACCCCCAACUAAAUAAUUUCAUUAUAUUCCUGACUACAUUCUUAUUUUAUCUAUUUCGUUAUCUUACUUCGUAAAAAUAUUUAGUGAAAGGUUAUGCAACCAGAAUUUAUGAAAAAUGUCUUCAAGAUUUAGAAUACUAUUUACUCAGCUUCAUAGAUUGAAAGGAGUUGAAAAAAUUGUAUGUGCUAAAAGUAUACCGCACAUUAAACAUCAUAAAGACAAGGUGCCAGUCGUUUUAGGUUUCUCCUUGUUCACUUGGUUAGGAUUCCAAACUAAACUUAGUGCCGAAGACGAGUUGAUAUUGACACUCAAACAUUGUGUGCUAUUCAUUCAGAGAACUGAAUAUGAAAAAGCUGAGCAGCUUCUGCAUGUAGCACUGAGACAAGCUCAGCAGAUACAUCACCAAAUUGGUAUAACUUACAUCUAUGAUAUCAUGGCAAAUCUUGCAUUAGAAAGAGAACAACUUGAUAAAGCAAAAGACCUGUUUGUUGCAGUCACACAAAGAAUAAUGGCAGAUGGUGCCACUGAAGAUGAUUCUCGUGUAGUGCACCUCAGUCUCAAACUUGCAAGAGUUAGUCAUUUAAAAAAAGAAUAUACAACAGCACAAUUAGGUUAUGAAUGGUGCUUGGAGAAAUUAAGAAAAGCUAUUGAUAAUGAUCCUGAACUGAUGAGACUUCUAGCAUUAGCAGAAGACUGGUAUGGGCGCCUCUUUUUAGACUGUAACAAGAAUGAAGAAGGUUUAAAAUUAUUAGUUAGUGCUUUGAAUAGGAUGAAAGAAAUUGAUGACAUAGAAAAGGAACAUUUUGUUGUCCAGCUUAAUGACAUAGGCACUGUUUGUGAUCAUUUGGGGAGAACAGAUGAGAGCAUAAGUUAUUUUGAUGAAGCUAUUAAAUUAGGUAAACAAAUAGAGAAUAUGGAAUUGGGUACAAUGUAUGUGAAUCUGGGACGUGCAUAUAUAAAAAAGAAAAUGUUAACUGAAGCUAGAAAAAACUGCGGUUUUGGUUGGAAACUUGGAGUAAUGAAUAAAAACAAUGAUGUCAAAAAGGAAGCUGAAUUAUGUAUCAAUGAAAUAAAAAGAAUAUCAUAAUGAAAGACUUCUUUUAUUCAAGAAAAUUAAUGACAUUAGUUAUCCAAUUAGCAAUAAUCUCUUGAGGCAAUAUUAGUGUCAUUAUUAAAAAUAAAUUUUAACUUAAAAUUAAAUGCUGGUAUAGAGAGAGGUAUAUUGCUUAUGCUUAUUUAUUUUAUAACUUAUAUUAUCUAUUGAGCACUUUCUUUUGUAACACUGAAGGGUUCUGAGACAACCUCAGCACGUGAGUUAGUGAUGACAACAUCCUUUACUGGGCGGUCA